UGAGCAUCUAAGAGCUUAAAACAGAGCAGAAGAGUAAGGAAACAAAACAUUAAACAUUCUCGGCCUAUUCAUCAAAUCGAAAUAUCCGAAGAUAUCCGAAAAUUUUCCUUUUUUACACACUUUUUCUAUGUUUUUCUUAUAAUUUCUGGUGGAGAUUAGGGAUCUCUGUUUGUUGUUUCAACAUCUGGAGUUAGCAUAAAUGGAUCCGAUGGCGGAAGAGCAAUUAGACUACGGAGAUGAAGAAUAUGGUGGAGGUAGUCAGAAGAUGCAGUAUCAGGGCGGUGGAGCAAUCUCUGCCCUCGCAGAAGAGGAGCUGAUGGGAGAGGAUGAUGAGUACGAUGAUCUCUACAAUGAUGUCAAUGUUGGUGACGGAUUUCUGCAGCUGCACCGCACCGAAACACCUAUUUUAGGAGGUGCAGGGAGUGGACCACAAGCUCAAAAAUCUGACGCCUUCAAAUCAAGGGUCGUUGAACAAGGUGGGUCGGAAGAUAUAAGCAUCCCGGGAGUUGGGUUGGAGGGGAAGGACUCCAAUAUGAAAGCCAGUUUUCCGGAGCAGAAUAAGGGAGCAUUUAUGUCUGGCAAAGGUUUGGAAGGGGCAGCUGGUGAUUACCCAGUUGGGCUUUCGCAUAAAGAGAGGGUUAUGGAUAUGGGAUCUGAAGUUCAAGUUGGAAGCUCAGGGAUCGGAGGAUCAGCACCUGUGCCUGCUAAAGUUGCUGUUGAUCCUAGUCAGAUACCGGUAAAAUUUGCUGGUGGAUCUUUGUCAUUGCCAGAUUCAGGCUCUGGUGCUCCAAGAAGUGCUCCACAAAUGCCUAUCAACCGAACAGGAAUGAAUAUCAGCAUGAAUCGUCCUGUGAUGAAUGAAAAUCCAAGCCGGCAGCCUAUGGAGAAUGGUAGCACCAUGCUCUUUGUGAGUGAACUGCAUUGGUGGACUACCGAUGCUGAGCUUGAAAGUGUGCUAUCUCAAUAUGGGAGGGUAAAGGAAAUCAAAUUCUUUGAUGAGAGAGCUAGUGGAAAAUCAAAGGGCUACUGUCAAGUGGAAUUCUUUGAUCCAACUGCUACAACUGCAUGUAAAGAAGGGAUGAAUGGCCAUGUUUUCAAUGGUCGAGCUUGUGUGGUGAAUUUCGCAACUCCACAGACUUUGAAACAGAUAGGAGCCGCCUAUAUGAACAAAACCCAAGCACAGGCUCAGUCACAGCCACAAGUACGAAGACCCAUGAAUGAUGGGGUGGGAAGAGGUGGUGGAAUGAAUUAUCCAACUGGAGAAACAGGCAGGAACUUUGGGAAGGUUGGAUGGGGUCGAGGAGGCCAAGGACUACUCAACAGGGGUCCUGGUGGUGGAGGACCAAUGAGAGGUAGAGGAUCUAUUGGAGCGAAAAACAUGAUUGGAGGCAAUGCGGGUGUUGGAAGCAAUGCUAGUGGGGGUCCUUAUGGGCAAGGCCUUGCAGGUCCUGCCCUGGGGGGCCCAGCUGGUGGGAUGAUGCAUCCUCAAAGUAUGAUGGGUGCAGGAUUUGAUCCAACGUACAUGGGUCGAGGAGGUGCUUAUGGGGGAUUCUCAGGUCAUGCUUUUCCUGGGAUGAUUCCUUCGUUUCAAGCUGUUAAUACUAUGGCACUUCCUGGUGUGGCUCCACAUGUCAACCCAGCUUUCUUCGUCCGUGGAAUGUCUGCUAAUGGAAUGGGAAUGAUGGGUACUAGUGGAAUGGAUGGUCAGCAUGUCGGAAUGUGGACUGACCCAAACAUGGGUGGAUGGGGAGGGGAUGAUCAUGGGAGAAGGACAAGGGAGUCAAGUUAUGGUGGUGAAAAUGGGGCAUCUGACUAUGGGUAUGGAGAGGCAAGCCAUGAGAGGGGAGGGGGGAGGUCAAAUGCUGCCUCCCGGGAGAAGGAUAGGGGUUCUGAGCGUGAGUGGUCAGGAAACUCUGAGAGGAGGCAUCGUGAAGAGAGGGACCAGGACUGGGAUAGGUCUGAUAGGGAGCACCGGUACAAAGAAGAAAAAGAUGGCUAUAGGGACAAUCGUCCGAGAGAACGUGACUAUCAAAAUGAGGAUGACUGGGAUAGAGGGCAGACCUCUUCAAGGUCUAGGAGCAAGUCCCGUGUGAUGCAAGAGGAUAGCAGGUCUCGAACAAGGGAUGCUGACUAUGGGAAGAGACGGCGUCUACCGUCGGAGUGACAAUAUUUGGCUCUUUAGCAAACCUUUCUUCAUGGAAGUAACUUAAAAGGUCUUAUGCAGGCCUUGGUUUCAUGUUCUCAGUGUUACUCUUCGUUGAUGGCUAACACGACAUCCAACUUUGCUCGCUCUGGUUUCUGCAGGACACACAUGCAGAAGUGUGGUUUCUGGAUGGAAAAAGUAAGUUUUUCCCUUGUGUGGCAUGAGGGAAGAAUUACUUCUCUUUCUUAUUUCGUGCUACUUCCUGUGAAACAUCAUUUGAAGCAACAGUUAUAUACUUGUUUUCUUAAAAACGAUUAGUAUAGUUUUUUAGUGGCAUACUCAUGAAUUUCCUUUGUGGGUUAGGUUUUUGGUGUCCUGACUCCCAGAUCCGCCAUUGGUUUUACCUUUGGUUCUAGCUGUCCUUUUAUCUGAUACAAGUGCUUCCUGAGGCAUGCCUCCUAUAUAUGCUUAAGGGUUUUGUUGUU